UAACCAACAUCAACAACCUUUUUUUCCCUUUCUCCAUACUUCUUGCACUCUUUUUUUGGGGGUUUUUCUCAUCACUCUUGUUCACUCUUUUACAAGAAGAUAGGAACACGUAGUUUCCAUAGCGGAUAGAAGGAGGUCCAUACACUAUUAUCUAAUUUAUAGUCAUUCUUUUUGCCACGUCUAGUCGCUUUGGUCGUCGAAUUGAUCAUCAUAGCCUUUGUUGUGUGGGUCUUAAUUUUAGAUUAUUAUUUUUUUGGAACAUUCCAAACUUCUUUCUUUAAAGAGAAAAUACGGCAAAUCAAUUUCUCGCCGAGGACGAGCAUCCGACAACAUGGUUAGACUUUUGGACACCGCUCUUGUCGCCGCAGCCGUGUUGGGAACUGCCUCAUAUGCUCAGAAGAUUGUGGCAGAUUGUGGCGUUGGGCUGGGAAAUUGUCCCAGCAACAAGCCUUGUUGCUCGCAAUAUGGCGUUUGCGGUGUUGGGGCUUACUGCCUCGGGGGUUGCGACCCUAAACACUCCAAUUCUCUCGAAUCUUGCGUUCCUGCUCCUAUUUGCAAGGACAUUGAUAGCACAUUCCCCAAUCUCGACAGAAUCGUUGACAAGACAAAGUACCUUGGUGAUUCUAGCAAGGCCGAUUGGGUCUCUGAUGGUGAGCCAGCUAUCAAGGAUGGUAACCUUCUCAUCACCAUGGCGCCAGGCACCGUCGGCACCGUGAUAGCUAGCACAAACUAUGUCUGGUAUGGGAAGAUCUCGGCAACAUUGAAGACCAGUUAUGGCAAGGGUGUUGUUUCUGCAUUCAUUCUGUUGAGUGACAUGAAGGAUGAGGUCGAUUACGAGUGGGUCGGCGUUGACUUGCAUACCACCCAGACCAAUUGGUAUUUCCAGGGUAUCCCCAAUUACACCCAUGGUAAAAACAUUUCUCUGGAUAAGGACUCUUACAAAGAUUGGGUCACCUACGAGCUUGAUUGGAAGCCCGACUCCAUCACCUGGUCCAUCGACGGUCAAGUUGGUCGCGUGCUCAAGAAAUCUGACACCUGGAACGAGACAGCCAAGGGAUAUGAUUUCCCAUCGACACCAUCUCGCGUGCAGCUCUCUCUCUGGCCUGGUGGCCUCCCCACCAACGCCAAGGGAACGAUCGACUGGGCCGGUGGUGAGAUUGACUGGAAAGCGGGCGAUGCUAGAGAUGUUGGAUACUACUAUGUUACCUUCAAAGAGGUCAAGAUCCAGUGCUACGACCCCCCAAGUGGUGCUAAGAAGCAAGGCUCCGGAUCCAAGUCCUAUAUCUAUGACGAUCGCGCGGGUUUCGAGUCCAACGUUGUUAUGACCGACAAGGGUACCGUUCUCAAGUCCUUCCUUGGAACUGGAACCAACAUGACCGUCGAACCCGCCAAAACCAGCUCCAAAGGGUCCUCCGCAACCGGAAACUCUUCACCGUCAUCUUCUGAUGUUGAGACUAUCCCUGGUCUCACUGGUGCGGGUACAGGUGUCAACGGUCAACGCGGCGACGGUUCCGGUUCAGGCUCUGGUGGCUCCAGCGCUUCAAGCGGAUCCGGAGACGUCAGUGGUGGAAGCGGGAACGGAUUUUCUCAGGGUAACACUCAGUCUAGCAACCCGAGUGAGGCUACUGGGCAGAAGGUCAUCAAGGGCAGCAUGCUCGCGGUAGUGGUUGCCGUCGUCGCUGUCAUCGUCUUGUAAAAAAAGGAAACGAAAUGAAAUCAAAGAGAAUUUCCCAUUG